AUGACUACUGAGGCAAACAUAAAAAUGUGUAGCUUGAUGUCACCAACCGAUAUGAAUCCCAACUUUGUAUUCCCUGCGAUCGAGUCCAGGAAGCCUACUCAAGCAUCCUCUCAUCAACGAGCAAGUCUUCCAGCUAUAGCUCGUAGAUUGAGCGCUUCAAUCGUCUCUACCCCUGCUAAAGCGUUGGAUAAAGUUGAACAGAACUUAAAACAAGUCAAGGAAAUCGUUGAUCCUAGACGACCAGCCGACAUUCAAAACACUCCAAAACAUCGCAGGUUUGCUUCAGGUUCAAUCCUAGCCUCAUCAACACCAAACGUUAGGGCUUCUAUCAAUCGUCGAUUUUCUCGACAACAGCAUCAACGCUCCGAAUGUAAUGAUGGAAUCUUAAAGUCUUUUGUAGUUCUUACUCCAGUACCAUCCUCUCCCAAAUUCUUGGGAAGGGGUCUCUAUGCCAACAUUCCAACAAACAGUGAUGGAUUCUCUGGCGAUCUACCAGAUUUCAAGUCGCAUACCGUUUUACGUAAACCUAGUGGUCAAUUCAACUAUCCAGUCCAUUGUACACCGAUCCCGUCAUCCGAAGCGACCCCAAUACCUGGUGCAUCGAUAUCAAAGCCUCCAUUACCACCCAAGAGCCUCGAGCUUCAACCGAAAAUCACCCCGGUUCAACCUCCAGAAAAUGUGGAACUAAAGAUCGAAAACCUACAAAUCGAACCCCUCGGCUCACGCAAGGUUACACCUUCUCCACCUAUAAAAACCCGUUCAGUCUCACCAUCUUCAGUCAAUGAUCAAGAAGAAAGUUAUCAACCACUUCGAUACCGACCACCAGGUGCACGUCGACCUGAUUUGAUACUCAAAGUGUCGAGCUUCAGACCUCAUACAGCACAAGGGAUAUUAGAAAGGAUGAAUGGCAAUCAAGGAAAGGAUGAUCGAAAGCGACUUUCUACAGUUUCUAGUGUUUAUUCAUCGGAUUGGAGAGAAGAUAUUAUGUCAGAAUAUGAAGAUCAAAAUGAAACCAGCUCAAUACCUUCAUCUGGUUCAAUCUUUCCAAGUUCUUCUUCACAUUGCGUUCCUGAUCAAAUCGAUUCGAUUUACGAGAUUGAUGAAUCAGUAGAAAAGAAAAAACAAAAAGAAUUGAUGAAUUCUUUAGAAUUAGAAUUAGGAGAAAUUUAUCAUCUUAAAGAGGUCACUGAUUAA